UUUGCCUGUUGUCUAGCAACUUAAAUUAUAAUUGUGUUCUAAGAAAAAAAUUGUAGAAUCAAAAUUUAUUCAGGUCAAUUAAAUUAAAUAUUUUAAAAGUAAAUUAGCUUUCUCAGUAGAUUCCUGGAGAAAUGGCACCUGUAGAAUUCGGCUUAGAGCAAUACCACAAUGAAAUGAAUCUUCAACCAAGCAGGAAGCAAUUGACAAAAUUCCUGGAAUCGCAAGGGUACAAGUUAGGGCCUACUGUCGGAGAGGGUUCUUACAGCAGGGUCAAGUCGGGCAUCAAGAUUUGUCCUGAUGGGACCAUUGCAAGAGUGGCCUGCAAAGUUAUAAAUAAGAGAAAGGCUUCCCAAGACUUCAUCAAUAGAUUCCUCCCAAGGGAGAUAGAAAUCAUCCGGAACCUUGAGCACCCGAAUUUGCUGGGAGUCUAUGAUGUGUUUGAGAGCCCAGACCAAGUGUUUAUCUUCACUAACUACUGCGAAAGAGGAGACCUUCUUGACUACAUCAAACGCAAAGGUGCUCUCCCCAACGAGAAAGCCAAAAGAUUCUUCAGCAUGUUAGUAUCUGCAAUCCACUACCUCCACUCUCAGGAUAUCAGCCACCGAGAUGUCAAAUGUGAGAAUAUAUUCAUUACUGCUAACGAACACAUAAUGCUUGGAGACUUUGGUUUUGCUCGUUCCUGCAGGGAUCCAGCAACGGGGAGCCGAAUUCUCAGUGACACUUUCUGCGGAAGUGCAGCAUACGCGGCUCCAGAAAUCCUCCAGAGUGUUUUCUCUCAGGGUACUCCAUACAACCCUAAGAUGUACGACGUUUGGUCACUAGGAUGUGUGUUGUACAUUAUGUUGACGGGAGUUAUGCCUUUUGAUGAUUCAAAUAUUACACUGAUGCUUCAAACCCAGCAGCAAAAACGCUUCCCAAUACACCAAUUCAACCUGAGGAUUUCUGCCAUCCAGCUUAUCAACCGCAUGUUGGAGCCUGACGUGACUCGUAGAGCCACCAUCAAUCAAGUCUCGCAGAGUCUUUGGCUCCACGAACAAAUCAACCCCAUGCUGUACACUAGAGUCCCCUAUUGACCUUUGCUCUGCUACAUCAGCAAAUAAUACAAACAUAAUGCUUAAAUUGCCAAUAAAUGUUUUGCUGACUAA